UCGUGUUACAAGAGAAAAAAAAAUGCUUGUUGGUGUUUUUUAAUUUUUACUGGAAUAUAAUCGGUACUAAUGAUAAAUCUUAGUGCAUUAUGUUAGUGUAGUUUGUUGAGUUGUGUUAAAAAUUAUUUAAAAAUUAUUUUGUUUUUAAAAAUGUCAUACUCCAGCCAAGUAUCUACUAUAAACACACCUGACGUUUCAGCAGGCUUCAUCGACUUUUUAGCGAAUGGCGAGUUUGAUGAAAUGCUAUCAAAUACACCAAGACGUAUGUUUUAUAAUAAUCUAUUAAGCCAAGGUGAAAAUAUUUCUGUUAAAAAAACUAGAAACGAUGUAAAACAUAUAUCGGAUGAUUGUGUUAAUCAACAACAGACCAAUGAUAAACCAAAUGAUAUCGAUCCAUGGGGUGGCGAAGAUUCAGAUAAUAUAUGUCUUGAAGCCCUUGAUAAAUAUAUUUGGGGUGAAGAAUACACAGAUGAUGAGAAAAUGUUGUUAAGAGCUUAUGAUAAUUGUAAAGCUAAUACACUGAUAUAA